AUGUCUCGCCGAACCCCACGAGUCGUCGUCACGAAUGACGAUGGACCCCCCACGGACCUGUCCGGUCACUCACCCUUCGUCUACCCUUUCGCGUGUGCGCUCGCUGAACAACUCGGGUGGGACGUGAAGGUCGUCGUUCCUUCGAGUCAGAGGUCUUGGUAAGGAAUAUUGUUACUAUCCGGUGUAUCAGGAAGGGCAUCGCGGGGCUUGAUACCGGUCUUUUGCGAGCUCGAACUAACCCACCCCCCCCACUUUUUGGCUCGGACAGGGUCGGCAAGUCUUACGCUAUCACCCAGGUGACCACGGGCCGAUACUUUUACCCUACUGGACCGAACGGCACUGAUGGCGAACAGUGCGAGUUGCCCCGACCUUUGAAGGAGGGGGAGAAGACGGAAUGGGUCUUGUAAGUGAUUCGACUGAGCCCGAGAGAAUCUCCCGAACUGCGAUAGUUUAAGGACGAGACUGCUAGGAGGAAGUUGUUGAUUCAUAUCUAAUAUCUAUCCUGAUCCUUUUACAGACUCGACGGGACACCGGGUGGGUAGUUUCAGCUGGCCAGCGCAAAGGAGCCAACCUGGCUAAUGUCUGUCCCAUGCUUGCAGCCACCUGCGCCAACAUCGCCAUUCACUCCCUUUACCCACCGGGUUCGAUCGACCUCGUCAUAUCAGGCCCCAACUUUGGUCGCAAUACCUCGACCGCUUUCGCAUUAUCCUCGUCAGUAAAUAUGCGAGAUUCGCUAUAUAUCCUCGUCAGUGGCUCAGCCAGAUUCUGACUGCUACAUAUGCCAACAACUUUAGAGGCACGAUCGGAGCCGCAAUGGCUGCGUCCUUGUCCCACAUCCCGGCCAUCGCACUCUCCUGGGGUCUCAUGGAAGGCUACAAACCUCCCCCCCAAUCUUUCAUCCAAGGUGCCGUCGACGUAUCCUGCCAAAUCGCUUCCAAGCUCUGGGAUUUAGGAUGGGAACAGGCCGACAGCGAGCAUCGCGUCGAUGUUUAUUCGGUCAAUGUGCCUUUGAUGCCUUCGAUCAUCUCCAAGGGGGGGCCGACGGUUUAUUGGACUGAGAUGGCCAAGACCAAGUAUCAAAGAUUGUUCAAAUCGACGGCCAAGAUCCCUGCGCCCGUCGUCAAGGACGGGGGACCCGCCGCAGUCCCAGCGGACAAGUCUUCGGUCGAACAAGGGAAGGAGCAGGAAGCCGCUGAGGGUCAGGCAUCUGGGGCAGAGGCGUUGAGGAUGGUCGAUUCGCACUACCAGGCACCGCUCAGGUUUGUGUUUGCGCCUGACAUCGGUCCUUUGGUUAAUCCGAGCCCUGCGUCGUUGGUGAGUGGUACCAUGGCUUGUAUUUGGAGGGGCGAUAUUAAAAUUUUUGCUCAUCGGACGACUCCUCGUUGGGCAUUGCAGCAAGAAGGAACGGAUAAUCAUGCGCUUAUGGUCAGUUCUGUUCUCUUCCCUUUAUAAGACGUAACCUGUGCUGUAUAUCAUGUUGGCUGAAUUCUCGUACGUCCUCUACAGCACGGCGCGAUCUCGGUCACGCCAAUCCAAGCCGCUUUCGCCUCGGCUGACUUCCCGAGAGGGAAGGCGAUCGAGACUGAUGGGCUCAAGUGGAGGUUGUAG